ACCGUCAACGACAACAACAACAACAACAACAACAACGACAAAGCAUGAAGCUGUCUUGGAGCUUACUGGCGCUGGUGGUAGUGCUGGCAGUCGUCGCCGUGCCCGCGUUGGCCUCGGAGAACGAGAACCUCUGGGAGGAGGACGACAAGGAGAUCCUCGUGAGGACGAUUCGGGGCACCAAAGAUCGCGGUGCAAACGGAUCACCCUCGUGCCGCUACACCAAGGGCCAGUGGUCCGAGUGCGAUCCCAAGUCCAACAUGCGCUCGCGCAGCCUGACCCUCAAGAAGGGCGACAAGACCUGCGAGCAGAGCAAGACCAUCACCAAGAAGUGCAAGAAAGGUAAAGCCUGUCGAUACGAGAAGGGCAAUUGGAGCAGCUGCGUCAACAACAACAUGGUGCGAGUCGACAAUCUCAAGGCCAACAGCGACUUCUCGUGCGAGAAGACGCGUCGCAUCACCAAAAAGUGCAAACCGGAUACCAACAUCAAGAAAGCGUCGAAAGGUAUGGAACAUCGGUCGAACAAAAAGAACGGAAAGCAGCAAUAAGAAGGCUUUUAUCGAGAGCAAUCGUCGCGACGCCCGUUGUGGAGGAGGACGAGGCACACACACACACGCACGAGUCAAAGACGCGACGUCAAAGAAGAAAACAUUAACUUUUUAUUUAUUAAUAAAACAUACUUAAGCGACGACGAUGACACGGAGACGCGCGCGCCCAUUCACGAUCCACAUUAUUAUAGAUAUAUAAUAUAAACAAAAAACAAAAAAAAAAGAACAAACGAGCCAAAUAAAUAACAGCGACUGAUUUCUCCGCAAUUUCCAGAACGCCCAAAAAAUUCGACUUAUAAAUAUAAUGUAUACUACUACCGUAUCGACGAAAUCAGAAGUUUUUUGUGUUGCAAUUUACAAUGUAAUCGAUAAGUAUAUAAUUAUAGUUCAGUGCAACGAUCGAAUGCUCCGACAUGAUUGUAAAAUUGAUGGAUACAAAAAAAAAAUCGACGCGCUUACAAAGUAAGGGGAAUUAACGUUCAUUUUGGGCUGGUUUCAAAAUUCAAUUCCAUUGACGAUUCGCUUUCAUUGUAAUAUUUUUUGUUGUUGUUGUUAUAUCGUUGCAAACACCCCAAUCGAUCGUGUGAGUUUUCCAAAUGACCGAAUAUCUUAAUUAGAUGAAUACUUAUUUGUCAUUAUUCAACUUUUCAAGUUAUAUUAUAUUCUCGACGCAUAGUUUCAAUUUCUUUUACUAGUUUAAUAUUAUAGUUGUUUAAAGUAAUUUUGUAUGUUUUUUUUAUAUAUUACAUGUUGUACGCUCAUUUAUUCUAUUAUUUUCGAUGUGCAAAAUAUAAAGUGAAUGCAGUAUUUCACUAUAAAACAGAUUUUUUUGUGUUAAUCGGCUAUUGAAUCAUUUCCUCUGUACUUCUUACAUGACAAUGUGUAUUACCAAGUAUCAGCAACUACUGAUUAAAAAUCAUGUUCUGAACAACAGGAAAAUUAUUAAAAGUGUUUAUUAAUCCAGAUACAAGUUUAAAAAAAUCAGCACAGAGCAAUAUAUACUGCAUAAAAUUCAUUUAACUUUAUCAAUACUCUAUCUUCUUUCCUUUCCUUCGAUCCAACUUUGUUAAAGUUGAGACACUAUUUGUUAUGCAUUAUUCAAAAUUCAUUGUCUUGAAUCAAAACGGUAGGUACCAAUGGUUGAAGUGUGACUUAUCGUUAAAUAGGUGUAUUUUCCUUUUUGCUAAUAACUUUUGCGAGCAGAUGUAUAGCUAGAAUAGCAUCGACGUGUAGAUUUUACGGCUAAAUAACGAAUGUAGGAAACUGCAUAAAUAGAAUAACAAUUCUAGAUCAAUAAUAUUCUAUAUGAGUUUCAUCGAUAUCAAAUUUUCUGCACGAGACAUUGCGCGACUGCAUUGAGCAUAAAAAUCAAAUCAAAAAAACAAAAUCAUUAUAUUAACUAUUGACGUAACAAUGAUAAUAAUCCAGGUAAAGAAUAUAAAUGUUUUUUCUUCUUCUUAAAAAAAAGGGAAUGACUCGUUUGGUCACGAUUAUCUCUAAAAUACUCAUAUAAAUGUACCACGAGUGUAAGAACUCGAAAAAGUUUUACAUAUAUUUCAGUAAUUAAAUGUAUAAAUAAAAAACGUAAGUUUUACGUAAUCAAUGAUUGAAAUCAAACGUAACUUUUAAUCUAAAAAACUUAUCAAAAGCAGCGAUUCUUUGCAUAAAAAUAUAGAAUCAUUCUCAUUGUAUAAUAGGGAAUAAAAAUUCAAAUAUUCCAAAAACUUUAGAGUUUUUAGAAAAAUAGCAGUUGUGAAUAAAGUCUAGACAUUUCAAAAGUUUUCAUGUAACAUGUUAAUUACAAAAAUUAUCAAAAUUUCCUUUAAAAUUAUUUGACAUCUACUCUGUGCGUGGAGUGCAGUGAUUUUCAUCGAGGUAUUGAAGCGUCAUCUCAGGAUGAAUAAAAACAUGCAGUUUUUAAAAGUAAUAAUUAAUAUUACAAUUUUAAAAUACUCUCGAUUUGACAUACAAUUGUUGCAUCUAUUGAUUAGUUUUUUAAUAAAAAAUCCUGAAACAUCGCGUUGAAAAUGCGAAAGCAAAAUCAAAAUUGUUGAGUUUUGACUGAGUCAUAAUACAUUAUUGGUAUUGAAUUAUAUUUUUAUGCCAACUUAUAGUUAUUUAAUAAUAAAA